AUGGUCCUCCGAAAGGGCGAGCAUUUCGAAGUCAUCUUUAUUGUCACUGAGGCCAGAUACCAGGUCCUGGUGAACAGGAAGCCCUUCUGUACUUAUAAGCACAGAAUGCCACCACAAAGCGUGAGGGACAUCAAUGUUGAUGGACACUUGGAGCUGCAAUCUUUGACCGUGAUAGGAGGACCAAUGAUAGGGAACAUGACGAUGCCUUACAUGGGCUACAUUCCUAGAGAUCUGGGAGCCAGCAGGACAAUCUCAGUGCAAGGCUUUAUUCCAAAGAACACUAAAAGGUUUGAAAUCAAAUUUAUGGCUGGCCAGGACAUCGCUCUGCGCAUUAAUCCACGCAUGAAAGAGAGAACGGUGGUGCGCAACAGUUUUCUGAAUGGCAGGUGGGGACCCGAGGAAAAUGACCUGCCCUUUAACCCUUUCCAAUAUGGCCAGUACUUUGAACUCUCGAUCCACUAUGACAAGCACGAGUUCCAGAUUUAUACCAAUGGCCAUCCCUUCUUCAACUAUGCCCAUCGUUAUAUUCCUAUUGAACACAUCCGCACUCUCAAGAUCACAGGAGACGUGACCCUUUCCUACAUCAAGUACUAA